AGGUAGCCCAACUGCUCAUCUUCCCAUAGUAAAGAUGGCGGCACCUCCAAUGUAAACCACACGUAAUACCACUUCCGCAUUUCUCUUACGCCCUCGUCCAAGAUGGCGGACGAGGCUACCCGGCGUGUCGUGUCGGAGAUCCCGGUGCUGAAGACUAACGCCGGACCUCGAGAUCGGGAGUUGUGGGUGCAGCGACUCAAGGAGGAAUAUCAGUCUCUUAUCCGGUAUGUGGAAAACAACAAGAAUGCGGACAAUGAUUGGUUCCGACUGGAGUCCAACAAGGAAGGGACUCGGUGGUUUGGAAAAUGCUGGUACAUCCAUGACCUCCUCAAAUAUGAGUUUGACAUCGAGUUUGACAUUCCUAUCACAUAUCCCACUACUGCUCCAGAAAUUGCUGUCCCUGAACUGGAUGGAAAAACAGCAAAGAUGUACAGGGGUGGCAAAAUAUGCCUGACAGAUCACUUUAAGCCUUUGUGGGCCAGGAACGUGCCCAAGUUUGGACUAGCUCAUCUCAUGGCUCUGGGGCUGGGUCCAUGGCUGGCAGUGGAAAUCCCGGAUCUGAUUCAGAAGGGUGUGAUUCAGCAUAAAGAGAAAUGCAACCAAUGAAGGAUCAAGCCACUGAGGCAGGACAGAGGGACCUUUGAUUGGCUACGUUCCUGUUUUCCUGUGCAUUACUCUUCUUGCUCAUCUAGCUGCUUCCCCCCACACCCAUUCACUCGUAAUUGUUAUGAAGUGGCUGCAGCAGGCAGUGCUGGGAAAAAAAACCCAACAGUGUUCCUACUGAAUUUCUAAGUUUGGCUACACAGGGAGUAGAAGGACUGGGACUUUGGAAAACCAAAAGGCAAUUUAUAUCCCUUUCCCAGGUGGAACAAUGUGAGAUCCUGGAGGGACAGGGGAUGACUGAAAGUGGGUACAUAGUCUUUUUGGUUUCUGAAGAUAACUCAUCAAUAAAAGCUGCUUCCUCUGGUG